CUCAAAUUGAGAUCGAGAAACCAACCUGGUAGAGAAGCGAGAACCCUGUCCGCUCCGCUCCCUCUGGGCCUGGCCGGUUGUAUUCAGCACCGCGGACAGCUCCCCGCCCCGCCCCGAGCCCACCGCACCCUCCCCUCCGCGGCUGGCAGCUUUGCCAUUGGCUCUCCCACCUCCCCUUCUCGAAGCUGCCGAUUCUACACAUAGACCCAACCUACCCAGGAGCUUGUCUUCUCGCCUCUCCAGCGCCCGGGGUAGCCCAGGCCGGGGAGAGAGCCUCGAGGGUUUCUGAGCCUCGGAGGGUGGUUGUCGGCUCUCGACUAGGCUUGCUGAGUCGCUGCCUGCUUCCUACACUUCGUCUCCGGCCCUCGCCCUGUGGCAGGCGCUUGGCUCAAGAUGAAUCUCAACUUCACCUCCCCUCUGCACCCGGCGUCUUCUCAGAGGCCCACGUCCUUCUUCAUUGAGGACAUCCUGCUGCACAAGCCCAAGCCGCUAAGGGAGAUGGCCCCUGAUCACUUCGCCAGCUCUCUGGCCUCCCGGGUGCCUCUCCUAGACUAUGGCUACCCCCUCAUGCCCACACCCACCCUCCUGGCUCCUCACCCUCAUCACCCUCUGCAUAAGGGAGACCACCACCACCCUUAUUUCCUCACCACCUCGGGGGUGCCGGUGCCGGCGCUGUUCCCGCACCCCCAGCACAGCGAGCUGCCGGGGAAGCACUGCCGCCGCCGCAAAGCUCGCACGGUUUUCUCGGACUCGCAGCUUUCCGGCCUGGAGAAGAGAUUCGAGAUCCAGCGCUACCUGUCCACGCCAGAGCGGGUGGAGCUGGCCACGGCCCUCAGCCUGUCCGAGACGCAGGUGAAAACGUGGUUCCAGAACCGGCGGAUGAAGCAUAAAAAGCAGCUGAGGAAAAGUCAGGAUGAGCCCAAAGCGCCCGAUGGGCUCGAGAGCCCCGAGGGCAGCCCUCGCGGCCCAGAGGCCGCAUCCGCCGAGGCUCGGCUGGGCCUGCCCGCCGGCCCCUUCGUGCUGACCGAGCCCGAGGACGAGGUGGACAUCGGGGACGAGGGGGAGCUCGGCUCGGGGCCGCACGUGCUCUGA